CGAACAUGGCGGACAAAAAGCAGACACGCAGGCCUAGCAGACACCAAAGGGGCUGUGGCAGCAGUAUAUCUACUGAAAUAUUUACUUUCGACGCUGACACCAUACAGCACCCACCGGCAAAGCACUCUGCGCUGGCUGCAACGGUACGCUGCUCACCUCCCAACAUUCUAGUGUCACCUCCAGGCACCGACUCACAAUGGCAGAGGGAAAUAAUUGCGAAGAAUUGUCGUUGCGACACAAAAAAGAGCGAAAAGAACUUCAAGCCCAAAUCCAGAAUCUAAAGAAGUCUGUAUGUAAGGGUGAUAAAAAACGAAAAAAAGAGAUUACCGAGGAAAUAGUCCAGCUUGAAAGCGACCUCGACCAAAGGCAAGAACAGGAAUUAUUGGAUUGGAUAAAGCUAGUGAACUUGGAUGACCGGCAGAAAAACGAAAUUCCUUGUACAAGUGAAGAACUUGCGGGUGAAUGCAGCCAUGCAUGUGAUCCAAUACCGCGUGUCUCUAAGGCACAAAAGAGGAGAAAUAAGAAGCAAGAUGCUGAAAACGAAAGAAAUCAGCGAAUCAUACAGCAAGAGGCUGAAAACGUCUUUGGCAAAAGGAAUAUUGAAACUCAAGCAAUUAGACGGAUCCUUAAGGAACGAAGCCUGCAGCUUCAUGAAAUUCCCAGUGAUGGUCAUUGUUUAUAUAAUGCAGUCUCCCAUCAGUUAGAAGAAAUUGGUGAGAUGCCUCUAGGGUUCAAGGAUCUCAGAAUAAAAACGUCCGAGCACUUGAAGGCGAACAUGAAUGACUUUGUUCCAUUUUUGUCCAGUGCUGAUUCCGAUGGAAUUUUUUCCACAGAGGAGUAUGAGAAAUACUGCCUCAAUGUAGCAGAAUCAACUGCUUGGGGUGGCGCAGUCGAGCUGCAAGUCCUAUCCAGAGUUUUGAAGUGCCCGAUUGAAGUGAUCCAGGCCACAGGAUCUCCAUAUGUAAUUGGUGAUGAAUACAGAGACAAAGGAAAAACAGUUAUCCUAACGUACCAUCGCCACAUGUAUGGGUUAGGAGCGCAUUACAAUUCGGUCAAGAAGUUCACAGUCAAGGAUGAAGAGAGUUGAUCGUUGUCAAGGGUUUCAUGGCUACGCGUUGUGAUUGCUUACAUAUCGUAAAUAAGGUCCAAUAGCGCUACAAAAAGAUAGCAACGCAACUGAAUAUGGGAAGAUCAUGAAUAAACUGCUACCAUUAUA